AAAAAUAGUGAAGCCUCGUCGGCGACUCUCUGUCCUUUCACGCCGAAUCCUAACCCACCAUUAAUGGCGUCGGCUCGAGCUCGGCCAUAUAUGGUAGGGGAGCAGUAGGGGCGGCGAGGUACGCGCGCGAGCCGCCGUUCGCAACACUGCAGCUUCCAUCUCCUCUCCGCCUGAGGAUCCGAGGGGCCGGUGAGUAGGCAGCGGCGGCCGCGGCAAUGCUCACGUGCAUCGCGUGCUCCAAGCAGCUCGCCGGCGGCGCGCCGCCGCUGCGUGAGCAGUCCGACGACGCCGACGACGCCGCCGUUGCCAGAGGCGCCGGCGAGUGCGCCACGCCCAGCACGAGGCAGGCCAUCAAGGCGCUCACCGCCCAGAUCAAGGACAUGGCGCUGAAGGCGUCGGGCGCGUACCGGCACUGCAAGCCGUGCGCCGGCUCGUCGUCGUCGUCACCGGCGGCGGGGGCGCGGCGGCACCACCCGUACCACGCGUACGCGGACUCCGGGUCCGACCGCUUCCACUACGCGUACAGGCGAGCCGGCAGCGGUGGCGACGCCACCCCGUCGGUGAGCGCGCGCACCGACUUCCUCGCCGGGGACGAGGAGGAGGAGGAGGAGGAGGAGGAGGAGGAGGGGACGACGGCGGACGGCAGCGAGGACGACGAGGCGAAGGAGUGGGUCGCCCAGGUGGAGCCCGGCGUGCUCAUCACCUUCCUCUCGCUGCCGGAGGGCGGCAACGACCUCAAACGGAUCCGAUUCAGCCGUGAGAUAUUCAACAAAUGGCAAGCGCAAAGAUGGUGGGCCGAAAAUUAUGAGAAAGUCAUGGAGCUUUACAAUGUUCAGAGGUUCAACCAGCAAACUCCCCUUCCUACUACUCCAAAGUCUGAAGAUGAGAGCUUGAAGGAGGAUAUCCCAGCAACACCACCACUCAACAGUGAACGUCUACCCCACACUUUGCACAGAUCACUAACUGGUGGCAGAACAACUGGGUAUGGACAACCAGAUUCUCUUGGGCAUCAGCACAACCUUGGUAAUGGUCAUCGCCAACAGCACCAUCACUGCUACACUGGACACCAGUGCUAUGGUUCAGUUGGGCUGGCAUCAACACCUAAGUUAUCAAGCAUUAGUGGAGCAAAGACAGAAACUUCGUCAAUGGAUGCAUCGAUGAGGUCAAGCUCAUCUCCUGAAGAGGUGGAUCGAUCUCGUGAACUUUCAGUCUCUGUUAGCAAUGCAAGUGACCAAGAGAGGGAAUGGGUAGAAGAGGAUGAACCUGGUGUAUACAUCACCAUUCGGGCCUUGCCUGGUGGUAUUAGAGAGCUCCGACGGGUCCGAUUCAGCCGGGAGAAAUUCAGCGAGAUGCACGCCAGGCUAUGGUGGGAAGAGAACCGGGCAAGGAUACAUGAUCAGUAUCUCUGAGAAGACAUGCUAAUCAUGUAUCAGCAAAUUCUUUACCACUUCAUCUCAUUGCAAUUGACCACCAGAGUCCAUUGAACUUACAGUUCGGUGCAAUUGACCGCCGUCUCCUGGAGAUAUUUGAUUUCGAAGCGCUUCUUCUUUCACCCUCCUCCAGCGUGUACAUCAAACACUAACAUCAUAUCGUCAGGAAUUACUCCCAGCCUGUGCAAAAAUUGGCCGAGGAACACUGCUUGCAUGUGUGAAUGUGUGAGCUUUUAGUGUUUAUUCUUGAUGUCUAACAUUUAAUUUGCUCCUGUUUAUGCGGUAAUCCGCCUGUUUCUCUCCAAUACAUUGUCACAAAAUUUAUACAGUUUGGUAUAACUGCUAGAUUAUUUACUUCGCAGCGAAAGAAAAAAAAAUGAAAGGAAAAAAGGAAGCCUUUGGAAAGCAAAGGCGUUUGUACCA